AACGCCGUCAAAAGAUUCCGUAGCAGCUCCGGUUUGAUUCAUCGCCCAAUCAUAAUCUCCGCCGCUGACAGAGAGAGAGAGAGAGAGAGAGAAGAAAAGAAAGCAAUGGGUCUGCUUACGAAUAAGGUUGAGAGAGACGAGCUUAAACCUGGAGAUCACAUCUACUCUUACAGAGCAGUCUUCGCUUAUUCUCACCACGGUGUAUUUGUCGGUGGUUGCAAGGUGGUUCAUUUCAAACCUGAGCAGAGCCUGAAAUCUCCCACACCCUCUGCUUCUUCUGCUUCUUCGUCUUCGUCUUCUUCGUCUUCAGUUUCAGAUGUUUAUGAUUCUUCAGAAGCUCCCUGUCCUACGUAUCCUGACUGUGGAUUCAAACAACCAAACAGUGGAGUAGUACUCUCUUGCCUCGACUGCUUCCUCAAGAACGGCUCUCUCUACCGUUUCGAAUACGGAGUCACCUCGUCCGUUUUCCUCACCAGAAUCCGCGGUGGCACCUGCACGACCGCUCCAUCUGACCCGCUUCAAACGGUUGUCCACAGAGCAAUGCACCUUCUCCAGAACGGGUUUGGUCACUACGACGUCUUCCAAAACAACUGCGAAGACUUCGCUCUUUACUGCAAGACGGGGUUGCUCAUUCUAGAUAAGAACGGCGUCGGAAGAAGCGGUCAAGCCAGUUCCGUUCUUGGCGCUCCUCUCGCUGCACUCCUCUCCUCACCUCUCACGUUGUUGAUCCCAAACCCUGUUGGUGUAGCAACAGUCACUGCUGGGAUGUACUGUAUGAGCAGGUAUGCUACUGAUAUCGGCGUUAGAAGCGACGUGAUCAAGGUUCCCGUUGAGGAUUUGGCUCUGAACCUCGGCAUUAAGACCAUCAAGAAA